GUAUUGUUUAAAUACUUACUGUUGCUUGUUAAUAUAUUUCUUAAAUGAACUGAAUAAUAAUUCUGCCAAACACUUGGCAGUCUGAUCAACAAUAAGACGUGCUUUUUCCUCUCUAACCGGAAAUAUCCAAUUUUGUGAAUUAUUCGUUUGGGAAACCUGAUCUUCCUACCCGGCGAAUUUUAUUCAACCAUUUCUUUCUCACCGAGCCUGUGUGUGGUACUUCCCGCUGUCUCGAGCUACUGCCAAAGCUUCAGGUGCUACUUCUGUAGCAACAUCCUCCUCACUCUUUCAAAUAAACAGGACUUGUGGGUCUGUUACGUGUUUGCUGUGAAGCCGAAUAACCCGAAAGUUGGAGGUAAAGUCAAAAGCUUUUACUUAAAUACUUUAUCCUUCUUUUCUGUGAUCUCUAUUGUCUUUUGCUGUAAGUCUAUUAAAGAAAAUAACAGUCUCUUAUUAUUUAAUCACCAGUAUUAAUUUAGGAGUAAAGUGACAAUAGAUUCUCACCCUAAAAAUAAGUAAUGGGACAUCAUACUCCGUAGUCACCAGGGCUUCGGCCAAACUAGGCGAACAGGUGAAGCUGAUGGACUCACGCAUACCGGUCUUGAAGACCAGGGCAAAUAUUCCCUGCUCGUACAGAUUACCCAUGUCGCCACAGUCCUACAGUGAAGCUAUCAAAGUCAGCCAAGUGGAUGUGGCACCACCACUGUUAACACGACUAGGUUAACAGAGCCGAGUGGGAAAAUUGCACUAAGUGAGAACUUCAUAACACCCAUCCCCAUGGUAGACCAUGAAACAAAUAGGAAGGCCAAAAAGAAACGUUCACGACGUCGCAAGACGACAAGAACGCUCCCCAAGAAGGCAGACGACUGCAAGGUGUGCGCUUCUGUUGUCGAACAAGCAGACACUGCUUUCGAAUGUAACUUUUGCAAGCGAUGGGUGCAUUGCAGAAGCGACAAUGGGGUACCAAAAGCAUAUUAUGACUUUAUGCGUAAGAACCCAUGCCAGUGGUUCUGGUACAUAUGCCCGAGUUGCCGUCCUGAUGUAGCUUCGAGUAGUCCUCUGAAAACUAAAGUUGGCGCAAAAGUAGCAAAGAAAAAUGUGAAAUAUUCGACCCCCACCAAUCCGGAAAUUAGUACAAACGCAUGUAAACCGGGGAUACCAAAAUCCUCACCGGUUAAACUUGUAACUCUUGCCAUAACCGCUCCAGGCACAGAGGCUGGGGCACUACGGGUUUCCGUCGUUGGAAAAAUACCCCUAUCGCCUGCCAGUAAUACUGGCCAUAGCACUGAGACACACAAAAAUACCCAGUCGCACCAGACGAACCAAAACGGUCUUAAAGGGGAUCACAAAUGUACGAGGACCGAGCCCAAGCCCACGGUUAGCGGAUCAAAUUGUGUAAUCCUCUUUAAUGUACCAGACUGUAGUAGUAGUCUGCUGAAAGAUAGGGCCCUAUUUGAUCAGGAACAGUGGUCCAUCUUGUGUAGCACACUGGGUUUGGACAUCCAACCAGUAAAUCUGUGCAGAUUGUAUAGGUGCACUGUUGCACCUGAAGGCGAACCAUCCUCACUGAGGGUAACAUUGGGCUCUACCGAGGAUGUUGAAAAAGUGUUACUGGCUUCUCAAGUCCUUUCUAUAGGGAGGGCCUGUAACAUACGAGUUAAGCCAGACAGGCCGUGGAAGGAAAGACAAAUGGCGGGGGAGUCGCCAGAGCUCAUUCCUUCUGCCUCCAUGGUUGUGCAUGGCAUUCCCGAACUGGUAACUGGGAACGCCUGCGAAGGUGGGAGGGUGGUGACUGCUAGUCAGCGGAUAUGAUGGUGGGGACAUAUGAGAACCACCCUUAUCUGUGGGACAGCACUCUACUGCUAAGGCUCCUGAGUUCGAAUGGCUUCUGCAAAAUGAGAAUAAAUAAAAAAGUAAAAAUAAAAAAAUAAUGAAAAAAAAGAAAUAGAAGUUGAAAAUUGCCUAGAGCCGAAGUUUAAAUGCAAACCCCCGAAUGAAAGUAAAUGGUUUUAUUCCGCUACUUCAGAAGGACACCGAACUGUAUACUUCAGAAAAACAUAUAUUACUUGGCCCUCGCUUUACUUUUACAUACCUAACGCACUCUGACUUUUGUGUUUAAUUCCUUUUAAACAUCGUAAGUAGGUGAAAUUAUCACCUGUCUUUCACUUAAACUAAUUGUUCACAGGAAAGGCUGUAGAAUAUCGGGAUAAUAAUAUGUCUUGAAAAAAAACAAUAAAAAUAAUGAUGAAACCCAUAUGUGUUAUAUAUUUUGAAUUAUUAACACCUUUUAUAUACUUCUGCUCCUCU